UGUUACACGCAAACACGUUUGCCUUCCUUUUUUUGUUUAAAAACCCACUCAAAAACUUGAAGCUUCACUUCCAAAAAGAUUUAUUGAUUUGCAGCUUUCUCCUCAUCUUUGGUUUUUCCCUGUCUUGUAAGAAGGAGCUCAGCUAGACUUAAGCUAUGGAAGAUAAAAUGGAGGACUCUUCGGGUCAAAGAGAAAUGUCUCACCAAGAAAUGCCUAUAAGACAGAAGGGUGGCCUCGUUACCAUGCCAUUCAUAAUAGCCAAUGAAUCAUUUGAGAAGGUGGCAAGCUAUGGGCUGGUUACCAACAUGAUACUGUACCUGAUUAAAGACUAUCACAUGGGAGUUGCUAAAGGCACCAAUAUUCUCUUCUUCUGGCAAGCUGCUACCAAUUUCACUCCUAUUUUGGGUGCUUUCGUCGCUGAUUCAUACCUGGGUCGUUUCCUCACCAUUGGCUUGGGGUCCAUUUGUAGUCUCUUGGGGAUGAUGCUUUUAUGGCUGACAGCCAUGAUUCCACAGUCAAAGCCUCCCACCUGCGAUAUAAUGACUCAGACCUGCAGAUCUCCAACCGCAGCUCAAAUGACUCUAUUAAUCUCCUCAUUUGUUCUCAUUUCCACUGGAGCUGGUGGUGUUAGACCAUGCUCCUUGGCAUUUGGAGCUGACCAAUUGGACAGAAGAGAUAAUCCAAAGAAUGACAGGGUCCUAGAAAGCUUCUUUGGCUGGUACUAUGCUUCAGCAGCUAUUUCUGUUCUAAUUGCAUUGACGGGUAUUGUCUAUAUUCAAGACCAUCUUGGAUGGAGAGUGGGCUUUGGAGUUCCAGCAAUCCUAAUGUUGCUCUCUGCACUUGUGUUUUUCCUUGCUUCUCCCCUCUAUCUCAAGCAGAAAGCAAGCAAGAGCUUGCUUACUGGCUUUGUACAAGUAAUUGUUGUUGCUUAUAAAAACCGGAAUCUGACAUUUCCCCUUCCAAAUUCAAGUGGAAGUUACCAUCACAAAAGGGAUUCAACGAUUGCUGCGCCAACUGACAAGUUAAGAUUUUUGAACAAAGCUUGCAUCAUCAAAAAUCCCGAACAAGACAUAGCCCCGGAUGGCUCAGCUUCGAACCCAUGGAGUCUUUGCAUAAUAGAGCAAGUAGAAGAGCUGAAAGCACUUAUUAAGGUGUUACCAUUGUGGUCUACAGGGAUCAUAAUGUCAAUAAAUUUAAGCCAAAAUUCAUUCCCUGUGCUUCAGGCUAGCUCUAUGGACAGAUACCUUACAAAAAAGUUUCAGAUUCCCGCAGGCUCUUAUGGAAUGUUCAACAUCAUUUCCCUUGCACUAUGGGUUAUUCUCUAUGAUCGUGCGAUUCUCCCCUUGGCAUCGAAGAUCAAGGGUAAACCGGUAAGGAUUGGUGUCAAACUAAGGAUGGGUAUUGGGCUAUUUCUUACAUGCAUAGCUAUGUUAGUUUCAGCAAUUGUGGAGAACGCCAGACGAAGAAAAGCAAUCAGGGAUGGGUUUCUAAACAAUCCUCAUGCAGUUUCAGACAUGUCUGCUAUGUGGCUUGUGCCGCAAUUUUGCUUGAAUGGCUUAGCUGAGGCUUUCACUGCAAUAGGGCAGACAGAGUUCUUUUAUUCCGAGCUACCCAAGAGUAUGUCAAGCAUUGCAGCUGCUCUCUUUGGACUAGGAUUGGCUGUGGCAAAUUUGCUAGCUAGUGUUGUAGUGAGCAUUAUCGAUAAGAUUACCUCGAGAGGAGGGAAAGAGAGUUGGGUUUCAAGUAAUAUAAACAAAGGUCGGAUUGACAAAUUCUAUUGGGUUCUCGCCAGUUUGAGUUUCAUCAAUCUAUUUUAUUACUUUCUCUGUGCCUGGGCUUAUGGACCUUGUGGUGAACAAGCAACGAAAGUAAGCGAUACAGGGAAUGGUUUGAAUAAGGUUGGACAUGAAGGGAAUGGGCUGAAGAACGGAGAAGAGUGAUCCAAAACCUGAUAUUUUCUUGCCUGAUGAGUGUUUAUGGUCUUGGAAUGACUGUUGCAGUUAAAAUUUGCCUACAAUAAUAUAGUCUUUUGCUAGUAACUAGGAAUAUAGUUUUUGAAACCAUCCCAUCUUUUCUGCACUAUUUACUUGUGUCAAUUUCUCUUAACUCUGUGCCACAAGCCAUUCUUUACCCCUCUUUUACAUUAUAUUUUAUACUUCAGUAAGUAGUGGUUGUCUGAUGAUUGAAUCUUCGGUUUACAUUCAACAGUGUUUCGAUGCAUUUUUGACUCAGAAUAUUGCAUUCUGAAACAGACCAGACCUAAUUGUCAUCUUGAACUCUUUAAAUCAUCUGAAAGGUAAAGGCACUGGAAUCACAAUAAACAAAUAUAAAACUUCUUGGGAUGAGAGAUGGUACAGAAAUUGUUCCAACUGUGAAGAUCUUUAAGUCCAAAGCCAGCUUCAGAUUUGGGAUGAGAGAUGGGUUGCCAACCUACUCUGGCACCAGUCCAGAGGAAUCUAGAAUAAAGCUCAUUAACCCUUUUCAAGAUACUCUUGGGAAGAAUG